UUUCAUAUAUUUCUUUCCAUAGGUGAUUAAAAUGUUUCUGGGGCAGAUGGUGGAUGCUUUAGUUUACAUCCACAAACAAACCAUUUUUCACAGAAACCUCAAACCAUCCAACAUCCUUUUAGACAACAAGGCAUCUUUCGUGCUUGGUGAUUUCAGCACGGAAACCCUCAUGAAUGAUGAGAUGAAAUGGAAGAUUAGGGUGGAAGAAGAUCCUCCUUUCAAAUCCUGGAUGGCUCCAGAGGCACUCAAAUUUUCUUUCAGUGACAAAUCUGACAUCUGGUCUCUUGGCUGUAUUCUUCUCGACAUGAUCUCCUGCGUGAAAGUGAAAGAUCCAGUUUCAUUGCUGCGUAACAUUAAGGAGAAUAGCAGUCACCUGGAAGAAGCCCUAAUAACUAUAAAGCAGGUGGAUACACCUUUGUCUUCUCUUUUGCAAAUGAUGCUGAAGAUUGAUCCAACAAUGAGGCCCACAUCAGGGGAGCUGACUGACAAUGCAUUUAUCAGAGAAUGCCUGAUUCUUGCUGGGUCACCCUUAGUAAAGGUGAAGAAACCUCUGCCUCCAGGAUUACUGGACUUAAUACUCAACGGUGGGAUCCCAACUAUUCUAGAAUUCAUGCUGUCUUACCAGGACAUAGAGGAAGCUCAAGAAAAGAGCAUUGAGCGUCUAACUGUCCUCUUGAAAGAAGGAAAGGCCAAUCUAAAAGUCUUCUUUGGAUUAAUGGAGCUUGUUACCUCUGCAAUGAAGAAUCACAUUGAUUCUCCUGAGGUACAGUUAGCUGGAUAUUCUUUGCUGCUUGAGUUCACUAGCAGAGUCAUGAGGCAGAACCUGAAUGUUGAAUUCCUAGCCUCUGAAAACAUACUCGAUUGCCUGUUAGCCUCCAUGAGAACUCAUUUCAACAACGAAGAGUUGAUCUGGAUGAUUUGCACAUUGUUCAUGAUGAUGUCAACUAAUGAAGUUGCGGCUCAGACCCUGAGGAAAGUUGGUGUCUUCUCAGACAUCCUGACCAUUCUGGAUAACUAUGCCCAGAACAAAGAGAUCUGCCUUGCUUGCUGUGGGGUUAUUUGGAGUCUGGUAAUACAUGCAACCAACGUGGCUGAAAGCCCCCUGAAGUAUGCUAUUGAGAUUGUGUCUAUAGUCCUUCACAUGCACCUUGAGGAUGUGGAAGUGGCUGAGGCGGCAUGCUGUGCUUUCUGGGCUCUUUCUCUCCACGGUUGUAUAGAUGAAGUUAAUUAUGAACCCUAUUCCUUGCUUAUCCUGGAGGCUCUCCGGAAACAUCCUGGAAGGCCAGUGCUGGCAAAAAACGCCUGUCUGGCAUUGGCAAGCCUCUUGAGGACAUCUGAGUUGUGUGGUUUCCGGUUCAUAGUAACCGAUGAGAAGGGCAACGGGAUUGUCCUGCUCAAAGACUGCUAUGAGCUCCACCGUGAGGACCCUGAAGUUGUGGAAAACAUUUGCAUGUUGAUUAACGAGAUGUUUAAAUAUGAGGAAAUAGUUUUGGAGAUGGUUUCCCAGCACAUUACUGAGAUGCUGACUGAAAUGAAGAACCGGUUUACAUCUAGUCUGGAAAUAGUUGCUCUAGCAGAAAAGGCACUCUUUAAACUGCAGGAAAAAGGGCUCCUUGCCUGAAAUGAUACAAGUCUCACUCUAGAAGAUUGAUUCUUUGCACUAUUUGUAAGUCAGCAACAGCAUUCAAGGAACCUGCCAUAUUUCAGGGAAAUCUUAAACCUUCUAUACACUUGUUUUACAAAACAGUCAAUAAAUUUGAAUACC